AUGGAGAACUCGUCAGUGGCAUCGGCCUCCUCGGAGGCGGGGAGCAGCCGCUCGCAGGAGAUCGAGGAGCUGGAGCGCUUCAUCGACAGCUACGUCCUGGAGUACCAGGUCCAGGGGCUGCUGACAGACAAAACAGAGGGGGAUGGUGAGAGCGAGAAGACACAGUCUCACAUCUCACAGUGGACGGCGGAUUGCAACGAGCAGCUGGAUGGCAGCUGUUCCCCAUCCCAAGGGAAAGUCCCUCCCUCCUAGAAUGGCAACAAGGAGAGCUCCCUUGACAUGCUGGGCACGGAUAUCUGGGCUGCCAACACCUUUGACUCCUUCAGUGGUGCCACGUGGGACUUGCAGCCUGAAAAACUAGAUUUCACCCAGUUUCAGAGGAAGCUCCGGAACACCUCCAAACACCCGUUGCCUCACAUAGACAGGGAAGGGCUUGGGAAAGGGAAAUACGAGGAUGGUGAUGGCAUCAACUUGAAUGACAUAGAGAAAGUCCUUCCAGUGUGGCAGGGUUACCACCCCUUGCCUCAUGAAGCUGAAAUCGCACACACCAAAAAACUGUUCAGAAGGAGGAGAAACGAGCGGAGGAGACAGCAGAGACUUCCUGGCGGAAACAAGACUCAGCAACACGUAGAUCAUCAGCAAGGUGGCACCAAACACAACAGGGACCACCAGAAACUCUACCAAGGAGGCCAGGCCCCUCACUCCUCGGGCAGGACGGGCCACCACGGCUACAGCCAGAACCGGCGGUGGCACCACAACCAGAAGCACUCUCCCAACGACAAAGAAACGCACAGGAACGCCAAAGAGACUGAGAACCUGAAAAUUGAGGACACCUCUGCCUGCACCGUGCACAUCCCUGCGGAGGCACACCGAGGCCCAGAGGCUGUGGAGAAGCAGCCUCAGCAGUACAGCCAGGAGUCGGAGGCCAAGCGGAAGGACAGUAUUCAGGAGCGUGUCGGGGAGAGGCCCAAGAUCAAUUUGCUUCAGUCUUCCAAAGACAGGCUGAGGAGGAGACUAAAAGAAAAGGACGAAGUCACGGUGGAAACCACCAACCCUGAAAAGAACAAAAUGGACAAAUUAAUCGAAAUCCUCAACAGCAUGAGGAACAACAGCAGCGACGUCGACUCCAAGCUCACCACCUUCAUGGAGGAGGCUCAGAACUCUACUAACUCUGAGGAGAUGCUGGGGGAGAUAGUCAAGACCAUCUACCAGAAAGCGGUGACGGACCGCAGCUUUGCUUCCACUGCAGCCAAGCUCUGUGACAAAAUGGCCCUUUUCAUGGUGGAAGGGACCAAGUUUCGGAGUCUGCUCCUCAACAUGUUGCAGAAGGAUUUCACCAUGCGGGAGGAGUUGCAGCAGCGGGACGUGGAGCGCUGGCUGGGCUUCAUCACCUUCCUCUGCGAAGUGUUUGGCACCAUGAGGAGCAGCACUGGGGAGCCCUUUCGAGUCCUUGUCUGCCCCAUUUACACCUGCCUCAGGGAGUUGUUGCAAUCUCAGGAUGUGAAGGAAGAUGCUGUGCUUUGCUGCUCCAUGGAGCUGCAGAGCACUGGCCGGCUGCUGGAGGAGCAGCUGCCCGAGAUGAUGACGGAGCUGCUGGCCAUCGCCCGCGACAAGAUGCUGUGCCCCUCCGAGUCCAUGCUGACACGCUCCCUGCUGCUGGAGGUCAUCGAGCUGCACGCCAACAACUGGAACCCCCUGACGCCCACCAUCACGCAGUACUACAACAAGACCAUCCAGAAACUGACAGCUUGA